GGCCAUUCACUUUUCAUUUUUCAGAGUUUAUGGUUUCCUCUGCAACUAGUUUUCAUUUCCUCUUCCAGUUUCCACACUUCACAGUGGUUUUCCCUCAACCUUAAUUUUUGAUCUUAGUGGUUUCAAUGGCUUUGAGCACCCACAGAGCCUCCCCAUCUCUUGCUUGGGAUGAAUCACCUCCCCGUUGGAAAUUCGACGUCUUCUUGAGUUUCAGGGGUGAAGACACCCGCUGGGGUUUCAUCUCCCAUUUAUACUGCGAACUGCAGUUCUGGCGAGCAUUCAAGAUAUUCAAGGACGACAGAGAGCUUGAAAUCGGAGCUAGUAUCUCUCCGGAGCUCUUGAGGGCUAUCGAACAAUCACAUCUCGCCAUCGUUGUUCUCUCACCCGACUAUGCUUCUUCCACUUGGUGCUUGGAUGAACUUUCCAAAAUUAUCGAGUCCAUGGAAACGGGAGAUAAGAGAAUUCUGCCUGUUUUCUUUAAUGUGGAUCCAUCCGACGUUCGACAUCAAAGAAGCAGCUUUGCUGACGCCUUUGCUAAGCACAAAGUAAAGUUCAGUAAUCAAAUAGAGAAGGUGGAGAGGUGGAGAGAAGCUUUAAAAAAAGUGUCCAAUUUCUCUGGAUGGCAUGCAAAGAAUUUUAAAUGUGAAAGUGAGCUUAUACAAGUCAUUGUGAGAUGUGUGUGGGAGAAACUGCAUCCUCCAAUCACUUUGUCAGAUUGCAAAGACAAGUUAGUCGGAAUUGAGAUUGGACUUGGGCAAAUGAGUUUGUAUUUAGCUCCUGAGGAAAAGGAUGUUCGAAUUAUAGGAAUAUGGGGUAUGGGUGGAGUGGGCAAGACUACCCUUGCUAGGCUAGUGUACGAGAAAUUAUCCCAUAAGUUUGAAGUGGCUAAGUUUCUUGUUGAUGGUACUAUAGUCGAUCUUCAAAAACAGAUUCUUUCCCCAAUCUUGAAGGAAAAUAAUUCACAAGUUUGGAAUGAGCACGAAGGAACUCUUUUCAUUAGAAGAUACUUGUCUAAUAAAAAGGUUCUUCUCGUUUUUGAUGAUGUUAAUCGCUGUGACCACCUAAAAUCAUUGACCAGAUAUAAAUCUUGGUUUGGUGACGGAAGCAGAAUCAUUGUUACAACUAGAGAUGAACGUGUGCUCAUCCAGAAUGAUAUAGAAAUGUCAUUUGAGCUAGCGGGCCUAUCUCACAGUAAAGCUCUUGAGCUCUUUUGUCAGCAUGCCUUCAAAAAAGAUCAGCCCGAGGAAGGCUUUUCAGAGCUGGCCAAGUGUUUCGUAGAUUAUGCCCAAGGGCUUCCAUUAGCUCUUGAAGUUCUGGGAGGUUUUCUGUAUAAGAGAGAUCUAGACGCAUGGAAUAGUGAAUUGGAGUCACUAAAGAGAAUUCCUGAUCCGACAAUUUUCAAUUUGCUCAAAUUAAGUUAUGAUGCGCUAGAUGAUUUGCAGAAGAACAUUUUUCUGGACAUAGCAUUCUUCUACAAGGGGUUGGACAAGAGGCGAGUUAUUGAACUGCUACAAUAUUGUUAUGGCUUAAAUGUUCGUAUUGUGAUAGAUGUUCUCAAGGAGAAAUCUCUCUUAACUAUUGGUCUGCACAACAAUGUUGGGAUGCAUGGUUUGGUACAAGAAAUGGCAUGGGAAAUUGUUCGUCAAGAAUCUCGUGAGGAGCCCGGUCUUCGCAGCCACUUGUGUCAUCGUAAUGACAUCUUUCAUGUAUUCAUGAGAAAUACGGGAACAGAAGCGAUCAAAGGCAUACGGUUAUGUUUACCCCUUUUAGAAGAGGCAGAUUCAAGCUGGAAUUGUGAAUGCUUCUCUAAGAUGCCCAAACUAAUGUUUCUUGAAUUUGAUAAUUUAAUAAUUAGUUCAGGCCCCAAAUCCCUCCCAAAUUCCUUGAUAAUUCUCAAAUGGAAUUGGUAUCCUUCCAAAUCUCUUCCAGCUGGUUUCCGGCCAAAUAUACUUGCUGAACUGAAGAUGCCAAGAAGCAAUCUUGUCCGGCUUUGGGAUGGAAGAAAGGACUUGCCUAACUUGAAAUAUAUGGAUCUUACGAUGUCCAAAAACUUGAAGGAGACCCCAGAUUUCACAGGUAUUCCGAAUCUUGAGAAGUUGCAUCUUGGAUAUUGUGACAGUUUAGUUAAGGUCCAUCCAUCCAUUGCAGUGAACAAAAAGCUUAAACGGUUGACACUCUAUGGAUGUGAAAAUGUCAAGGUGUUCCCAAGUAAGAUAGAAAUGGAUUCUCUCGAGUUUCUCAGUCUUGAUGGCUGCUCAAAAGUAAAGAUUCCAGAAUUUGGAGAAGGGAUGAAAAAUUUAUCUCAAGUCUUGGCAUCUGGGACCGCUAGUGAGGAAUUACCUUCAUCAAUUGAACAUCUGGUUGGCCUUACUUAUCUGCUUAUAAAUGAUAGCAAAAGGAAGCUUUACAUGGGCUUUACGGGCUUAUUUAAAAGGAGUCCAGAGCCUGUGUGCUUGGCGUUGCCAUCUCCAAGGGCUUUGUCUUUGCGGUUGUUAUCUCUAGAUUAUUGUAAUCUAGAAGUUAUCCCCGACGAUAUUGGCUACUGCUUGCCGUCUCUAGAAUGGUUGCAUCUUUGUGGAAAUAAUUUUGUUAGUCUUCCUCCAAGCAUUAAAUGCCUUUCUAAGCUGACGGUCAUUAAUUUGAGGAGAUGCAAAAGGCUUCAACAAUUACCGGAUCUCCCAUCGAAUGAGGAAUUAGAAGUAUUGGCAGACGAUUGCGAUUCCUUAAAAAUGUUGUCGAAACCAUCACAGCAGGGCAGAUUCACCAAAUUGGUGUCCUUUCGUUUAACAACUGUCAAUUGCUUUGGAUUGAUUGACAAUGAAGGCUUGAAUAAUGGAAUAUUUUCAAUGCUAAGCAGAUUGGCCGCUCAGGGCAUCUCAUUAAGCGGUGAUUGUUUUCGUCCGUCAUUGGAUAUUGUAAGUCCUGGCAAUAAAAUUUCAGAGUGGUUCGAUAUUCAAAGCGAGGGAGAUUCAUUGACUGUGGAGCUGCCUCCGGAUCAGGAAUCAGAGUGGAUGGGCAUUGUGUUUUGUGUUGUUUUUGCCCAUCAGAAAGAUCCUGACACUCUUAAGAUUGAUCAUUUUUUAAUUGAAUGUUCAUCGCCAGGGAUUCAUAGAGAACACUCUCUGCAGAUGGAAACCCAUGGGAUGGGAGAUCAUAUUUGGGUGUCUUUUAUGCCUCGUGGUCAAAUCCAGGAUACCACGAGCUGCUCUAUUAGGUUCUCAUUCGACACGCAUUCUUACGGGCUUAGUGGUUAUAUUCCAUGCUCGAAUUGUGUGAAGAGGUGUGGGGCUCGAUUGUUGUACGAGCAAGAUUUGAAAAACCUCCUCGAUGGAAAAACCAACAUCUUGAAGCGGAGUCAUGAAUAUUGUGACUCGGAGGAGGCCGAGCCAGGGGAAGGUCCAAGUGCAAUUGCAAUUGGUUGCUCUAACAAGGAAUCGGUUUUUAAAAGACUCAAGGCCAGUGGCGGAAAGCAAAUCCUAAACAAGAUCGCAGAUCUAAAAUUUGAACUGAUGCACUGGAAUAUAGAGCAAAGCAUGUUAAAACCACACACAUCCUAAACAAGAUCGCUGGUCUAAAAUUUGAACUGAUGCCCUAGAAUACUUCAUAGGAACACACUAAGGCUAUGUUUGUUACAUGGGACUGGACUGGAUUGGAGUUAAGAAAAAAAGACUCAUCCCACAUUUGGCACACAUGAGGACUCAAUUAAAUGAGAUUAGAGAGUCCCCGCAUCAGCUCCCGACCUUCUUACAUAGAACCCCCAAAUCCCAUCGGACUGUGGAAGCACGGGCUUCAACAACGCAUUAGUCUCUCCUUCCCAUUCGCGCGCUUCAACCUCGUCUCUCCUUCUCUUUCAUGCUUCAGCCUCGUCUCUCCACUCUCGAUCGCGCAUCAUCCUCCUUGAACUUCUAUAUAUGUUCAAUUUAUUUUCUAUGUCAUGCUCCUUUUGCUUUGAUUCUGAUUCCCUCUUCCCUUCAACCCCGUCUAGCUUGUUCUUCUCAUGUAUCUACUGUGAUUUGUUAAAUUAAAGACUAUGGAUUGAUUUUCUAUUAAUAAUUGUUUAUAGGUUGUAACAAUUGGUGUCUGGGUAGCUUGAUUUGCUAAGAAUUGAUCAAUUUCAAGAUUGAGUUUUUUUUUUCUUUUAA